AUGGCCGACCCCCGCGUUGAAGAGCUUCCCGAUGAGGAGGUCCCCAAGACCGUCGAGAGCGACUCCGAGUCUGAGGCUGGCGACGAGCCCGUCAUCCCCGGCGGUGCUGCUGUCACCAUCCACUCUCGCAACGAGAAGAAGGCCCGCAAGGCCAUUGCUAAGCUCGGCCUGAAGCACGUCCCUGGCAUCACCCGUGUUACCCUCCGCCGCCCCAAGAACAUCCUCUUCGUCGUUAACCAGCCCGACGUCUACCGAUCCCCCUCCAGCAACACCUGGAUCAUCUUCGGUGAGGCCAAGAUUGAGGACCUGAACGCCCAGGCCCAGGCUUCCGCUGCCCAGCAGCUUGCUGCCGCCGAGGCUGCCGAGCACGCCGGUCACGACCACGACCAUGACCACGACCACGACCACGGCAAGGGCAAGGCCCCCGAGGUCGAGGCCAAGAAGGAGGAGGAAGAGGAUGAUGGUGAGGAGGUUGACGAGGCUGGUCUUGAGGCUAAGGACAUUGAGUUGGUCAUGGCCCAGGCCAGCGUUUCCCGCAAGAAGGCUGUCAAGGCCCUUCGGGAGAAUGACAAUGAUAUCGUGAACUCGAUCAUGGCCCUCAGCAUAUAA